AUCCCUGUGGAGAUGCCCAGUGGUUGGGUGCUGCCGAGGCUGUCGAAGGUGCUGGGGCUCGAGGGUGACAAGAAGUCCAUCAUAAAAUUUGAAUUUAACCCCAAAGUUGGGAUCGACAACCCUGCCUUGUCACUGGCUGAGGACACGGAUGGUGAGGGCAUGGGAGAGCUCCGCUUCUAUCUCCUGAGCAAGGGCAGUGCAGAGACUUUCGGCUUCUGCCUUCACGAGGAGCUGGGCUGCCAGGGCCACAUCGUCCGGCAGGUGGAACCGGGAGGGCUGGCCCAGCGCAGGGGGAUGCAGGAUGGAGAUCGACUCCUCCAGGUCAAUGGCCACUUUGUGGAUGACAUGGACCACUGCAGGGUGGUUCAGAAGAUCAAGGCCAGCGGGAGCCAGGUCCUACUGGCGGUGCUGGAUGGUGACUCCUACACAGCAGCCAAAGCCCUGGGCCAGGACCUCUCCCAGAUGCUGCCAGCUGAUGUCCGCCCGCGCCUCUGCCACAUCGUGCAGGACAGAAGUGGUUUUGGUUUCAGUGUGUCAGGUCCAGAAGGCAUGAAGGGCACCUUCCAGCUGUCGGUGCAGGAGGGUGGACCAGCAGAGAGAGCAGGGGUGCCAGCGGGUUCCUGGCUCCUGGAGCUGAACGGGGCCAGCGUCAGGAGCUACUCACAGGCACAGCUCACCAGGAAGCUCAAGCAGACUGGCAGCAAGGUGACACUGCUGGUGGCAUCCAGUGCUGUGGAGGAGUUCUACCGUCUGCGAGGUCUGCAGGUCACACCUGCCGUAGCAGACACCUCCUGGCUGCCUUUCAAGGCCCGGGAGCUGCACUUGGUGAAGGGUCCAGCUGGCUAUGGAUUCCUGCUCAAGGAAGAUGACUGCAUCUCAGGGGCCACAGGCCAGUUCCUGUGGGAGGUGGAUGCAGGGCUGCCAGCCGAGCAGGCAGGGAUGAAGGAAGGAGACCGACUGCUGGCUGUGAAUGGUGAGAGCGUGGAGGGGCUGGACCACCACCAGACAGUGCUCAGGAUCCGUGCCCACAACAGCCAUGUGGCACUGCUGGUCAUCGACCCUGCUGGUGAUCGCUUCUACCACUCGAUUGGGCUGUCCCCUCUGCAGUCCUUUGAGAACAGCAGCCCUGCCUCAGGCUCCCACAUGCCUUCCCCACCCUCCCCCAGCAGCUCUCCUGGACUUUGUCACAUUGAGGUGCAACCAAAGGGAGCUGGCUCCUGGCUGGUGGCUGCUGCCAACAGCAUAACACUCACACAGGCACCACACAAGGAAGAGAAGAGGAGACUGCACCAGGAGUUUUAA